AUGGAUCUGGUUGAGAAGGAGCACGACAGGCUUCUGAAGAGGGUCAGAACCUCACAGGGCAUCAAUAAUGUUCAGGCCACCAUUGACUUGCUCCAGUCUGCCCGAGACACUAUUGCCGCUGACCCCAACCAGGCAGCGGUGACCUUGGCCAAACUCCAGAAUCCUGUCAAAGCAUCCUUCAAUGCAAUCAACGACAGUUUGAAAGAGACCCACGGCGGCCUCAACAAGUACACCAAGUCUCUUGAUAAGAUCUUCAAAGAUAGGCCCCUUCCAAGCACCGAACACGAUGCCCUCUCCGAACAAGAACAUUUAAUCAACCGCGCCAUCGCCAUGCACCUUCUCCGCGAAGGCCAAUUCUCCGUUGCAGCCACCUUUCUCUCCGAAAUCGCCGAGAAGAAAGCCCUUAUGCAGCACUGCGAGUCCUCCUCCUCCGCCUCUCCCGAACCAGCCAGCCUCUUGAACCUCGAUGAGGUUCCGUCCCAUGAGAUCCGCAAAGAGUUCGCCUCGAUGUACUACAUCCUCUCUCAAAUGAAAGAGCGCAAGAACCUCCUCCCUGCUAUCGAAUGGUCUCGCGAGAACCGCGAGGCACUGGAAGCCCGCGGCAGCAAUUUGGAAUUCGAGCUGUGUCGCUUGCAGUUCGUCUGGCUCUAUCAUGGCGAGUCGGAAAACCCGGGGGGAAACCAUGUCCCCGGGAACUGGCGCGCAGCGACGGCAUACGCCAAGCGUGAAUUCCACACCUUUCUACCGCGAUAUCUCCGCGAGGUACAGCAGUUGAUGGGCGCGAUGGCCUUUUGCCCGAACUUGCAGGGCUCGCCUUAUUCGGCGAUUUUCAACAAUUCGUCGGCGUGGGAUGACGUAGCCCAGUUCUUCACUCGCGAGUUCUGCUCGCUGCUGGGGUUGUCGGCGGACUCGCCGCUUUACAUUGCCACGACUGCCGGGGCGAUUGCGCUGCCUACUCUGCUUAAGCUGCAGACAAUUAUGAAGGCGAAGCGCACCGAGUGGACGAGCGAUAACGAGCUACCGGUCGAAAUUCCACUCCCACCUUCAUACCUCUUCCACUCAAUCUUUGUUUGUCCCGUUUCCAAGGAGCAGGCGACUGAUGAGAACCCGCCUAUGAUGAUGCCUUGCGGGCACGUCAUUGCGGAAGAGUCCCUCAAGCGACUCAGCAAGGGCAGCCGGUUCAAGUGCCCCUACUGCCCGAACGAAAGCCACAUGAAAGACGCCCGAAAGGUGUUCCUCUGA